AUGAGUGAUCUAGUGGACAUUGAGAUCACCAAUGUGGAGUCUCCGAGUUUAUUUUAUGCCAAGGUUGUGAAAGACUUGACAGAGUCGUCAGAUGAUUUGGCAUUUCAGUUGCUCGAAAAAUCUAUGAAUGAUUUUUUCAACACAGAGAGUCUUUAUUUGCCAAGUCACACACCCUAUGAGGGUGACAUUUGUAUUGGAAGACGGGUGUUGGAUCGACGUUGGUGCCGGGUCAAGGUGACUGGAGUACUUUCGAGGAGAAGUGGUACAGAAGGAAGGUGCUUCUUCCUUGAUUAUGGAAUAUCAGAUUAUAUACCUCUCAAAUGGUUACGAAAGGCCUCGGAUGACUUUCUGACAGUGCCGUUCCUGGUGAAGAAAUUCUGUCUGUAUGGUGUGAAGCCACUUACUCUUGCUCUAGAAACAGAACACCUAUCUGUCAAUCAAGUGAAGUCUGAAACCUGGGAUACCUCAGCAGUGACAUUGAUGAACAAAGUUAUUAAAGAAAGCCAUAGCACAAAGGUACGCAUCAGAUAUGUAGACAGGGACAAUAUCCACCAUGCAGAUCUAUACUUUUUCUCCCCCAAACAAAACAUCUGUCUGAAUGAGGAGUUUGUCACGUUGAAGUAUGCCACCACGGUCUUUCCAGAUGAAACUGUAACAGAUUCUGGUGAAGCUGUCAUCCAGAAGCUGCUUAAGCACUCAAAGACAUGGGAGAGUAGUCUUCCUGCUGUUGGGAGAAACAGGACAAGGAAGCAUUUGUCUGGCUGCUGUAGUGAUACUGAAGCUGGUAGGAUACCUGUUUUCUCUCCAGAAAAACAUUCCCUCAAUACUACUGUGCCAGUGGUGGAGAAGAUGAAGCAUCGCGGAAUACAUAACUCAGUGGCUGAACAAAUAACAAAAAGCUUCUCAAACAUGUCAUCUGAGAAUGUUCUAGAGGUCAGUGGUGAUCAUAAAAAGGGAGCGAUUGAUCAUAGAAGGAAGCCUAUCACCCUUGCUAAGUAUAAAGAGAGAAAGAAAUUGAAUGAAACUGCAAUAUACAGUGAUUCAGAAAUGAUUUAUAGUUCAUCGCCAAUACACCAGAAAAAUAGAAUUCAGACAUUGAAUCCUGCUAUGUUGCAGUCCUCAGCAGCCUCUGUGUCACCCAUUGGUUUGUCUUCCCUGGAGAAGAGUGUUGAGAGACAAAGCAUGUCACGGACUUCUCCUAGCUCUUCUCAAACUACACCUUUUACAUCUUCUAUGUUAGGUAAACUGUUGUAUGCAUCGUCUCCCGAAAAGAAAGAAUCUGCUGCAGUGCUUAAUGGUGAUGGGCCUGCUAAACAAGACAAUAAAACCAUUACAAACAACAUGAUAUAUAGUGAGCUUGGUCUUCCACUGACACGGGCACGACUUCCCAAAUCAGCGAAGCGAUCAUCAGAAAGUGAUCCUGAUAGUUCAAGGGCACAAACCUCUCGCCAGAUAUCCACAUCUUGUGGUAAAAGCAAUGGUUCAGCUUCAUCAGAAGACGAUAAAGUUGUUGGCGAUAUGAAGAAAUCAAUCCUGAAGAAGCCGUCGAGUUGUGUAUUUCUUAAUGAGAAGCCCUCAGUUAGAUUCAGAGACAGUGAAGCUAAAGCAGAGACUCAGGUCAAGAAAACACAAAUGCUAGGCCGCCUCACCGGUAAAAAUGCAGGCCAAAGGUUAUUGGACAAGCUGUGUGCUGGGUUAGGUGCAAGCUCACUUGGAAAGAAGCCACAAGGUGGACCUAAUCUGAAUAGAGAUGGAGUGUUGGUGCACAGUGAAGACCCGCUCAAGCCUAUCUACAACAUCCACGAUGCACCUCUUGAUCCCAUCGUCCGAGAGGGUCUUGAUAAUUAUGGCAUAAUUGCACCAAAGUUUAUUCAGUGUUAUGCCUGGCCAGCACUCCUGAGAGGUCGCAACGUGGUAGGCAUAUCACCUAGUGGGUCAGGAAAAACGUUUGCCUACCUCGCCCCACUCCUAACAGACCUCCUGAAGCAGGCAAACUACAAGGAUAUACCAGCUGGUAAUGGGCCAUACGCCAUUGUGAUGGUGCCUUUCUGGAAGAGUGCCCAGAUGUUGUAUGAUUUGACCAAGAAGCUUCUUUGUGGCAAUUCUUACUUGCGUGUCCUGGUUACUUAUGGAGGGGGAAAUGAAGAAAGUCAAGUGGUACCAUUAAUCAAUGGUUGUGAACUUUUGAUAACCACACCACGUAGUUUAUCUCGUCUCCUACAACAGAAGUACACACAUCUGGAACGUCUCUGUCACAUCGUUAUAGACGAUGCUGAGAUUGUUCUGGAAGAAUUCAGGGAAGAAAUUCAGGACUUCAUGAUCAGCUAUUCACGGGUGGUGGAGGAGCAUGUGGAACGCUCUGCUCCGCGUGAGGUCAUUCUCUUUAGCUCUCGCUGGUGUAACAUGGUAAAUUCCUUUAUUGAUGCCUUCAUGCCUGAUCCCACCCUCAUCAUCACUUCUCGCUUUGAGGCAUCCAUUUACGGCCGUAUCAAACAUAUCCCACUGUUGUGGCGGACGGACCAGUUAGCACCUCAGUUCCUGGAGCUGGUCAGUUCUCUGGCACAGGAAAACUGCAAGAUGAUCAUCUUCUGUAGCAAUGUCAACACAACCCUUUAUAUCCACAAGUUGUUAAAGAGUCGGUCUUUGUACUCUUUACUGGCUCAUGAUAAAAUGGACACAUUGAUGCUGGAGCAGAUCGGAGGGGAAUGGGCAGGGCCCUUAGACAAAGGAAAGAUCCUUAUUUGUACUGAUGAGAGUGGAGAAGAGUUAAAAGUCGAGGAUGCCACAGCCAUUGUACAUUAUGACCUUCCGUCCUCAAAGACAAAGUUUGGAAACAGACUUUCCACUAUGAGCAAGUACUACUACAACUCCACUAACAAAGAAAAGGUGGCUGAUGUAGAGCCAACAUCAUACAUCCUGAUUACAGAAGAUAGUGGUCGCCAGGUGGAAACUAUUUUACAGCUGUUAAAGAGAACAAAAAGCAAAAUUCCACGUAAUCUUCACUCUAUGGUCAUGGGUAUAAAUCAGGAAAAAAACUGUGAUGGAGAAAAGGAGUUAUGUGUAGCCCUGAAAGCUUACGGUUCAUGCAGAUACCAGAACAAAUGUACAGCUCGACACGCUCUGGUACCAGAGAUUGAUUGUACAGUUAACCAGCAAGAAUUCAAUAGUGGCGAAGUCAAGGUGUUGGUUACUAAUGUGGUGAAUGCAAGUCAUUACUUUGUGAGGGUGUUAGAACACAGACCGCCCAAUGGAGACAAGUUGGAUACAUCAAUUAUGAUGCUGGAUCUAAGAUUCAAAAUGGCUGAAUGGUUUGGGGACGUCCAACACAGAUCCAAGUACAGUAACCUGUGUUUGGGGGAGAUGUGUGCAGUAUCAGAGGACGAGGAAACCUAUCACAGGGUGAAGAUUUGUGACAUCACAGGUAUAAACUCACCAGGAGAUCGGAUCAAGGCGGAGGUGAUGUUUGUUGAUGAUGGCAGAAAAAGUUUUGUGCCUCUAGAUAAACUUUACAAUCUACCUCCACACCUCAGGGAUGUCCCAUAUCAGGCAUUAGAAGUGUUUAUCUGUCGAGUACAACCAGUCGACCUGGACGAAAACUGGACAAGCAAGGCGAGUAUGUUUGUGUAUGACCUUCUCAACCAGAAGACUAUGGAUGGCAGGAUUGUCCUCAGGGUUGGUAAUACACUAUGGUUAGACCCGUUGGUGGAAAGAAUAUACCUCACUGAUGUUCAUGCUUAUUGUACCAAUCUUUUUGUACGCUCAGAACUCCUGAAAAAUGGAUUUGCUGUAGACAAUCCAAAUCACCUGCAGCUGUUGUACGACCUUUGUAAGGAACACGUAGAGGUCCCUAAACUCAACUUACACUCAGACCAAUCAGAGAAGAAAACUGAAGUGGAAAUUUUACCAGAAUCCAAAGAAUCUCAUGACGUUCAUCUGUCUGCUAUCAUCUCUCCAACACUGAUAUAUCUCCAGAGGAGCGAAAGCACGAAACAGUUGGAAAAAAUGAAUGAUGAAAUAAACAUGAGGAUGAAGAAUGCUGAAGCAACAGAAAUUAAGUUGACCAGCCUAAAAACAGGGUCUGUGUGUCUUGCCAAGUUUGGUGAGGACAAUAUGUGGUACAGAGUGCGGAUAUUGAAAGAGCUGGAUGAUAACACUGUAGAAGUGCUCCAUGUUGACUUUGGUGAUCGGGAAACAGUGUCGAGGGAUAACCUGCAAAAGAUCCCACAGGAAUUCCUAGAGCUUCCCUUCCAGGCCAUUGAAGCUGGAUUGUCUCAUGUGGUGCCACGAGAUGAAAUGUGGGAAAAAGCUGCAGAGGAUCUCAUCUGGGACCUUGCUCACUAUGUGACGAAUGAGAUGAAAGUUCUCACAGCCAAGGUUGUAUCCAAGCAACAUGCAACAUAUUCUGGUAUCCACAAGUACUCUGUGGAGUUAUAUGAUACGUCUACCUACUUUGAUGUGAACCUGGCCUUGGAGCUAGUCUGGUCUGGAUAUGCUACUCCUACAGAGGAUUCCACCUAUCAUGAAUUGUUUUCACCACCUCAAGACAAAACCUUCUUCACUGUUCCAAUCCUGAAGCUGCUAGACCUGUGUAGCCAGAUCUACUGGGGCAAGGGAAGUUGUAAAGCUGUAGAUGCAGGAAAGGAAAUCCUCAAAAUGGUGACAUCAUGUACUAAAAGUAAACCGCUCAACCUUGUGAACUACGGAGGGCUGAAGGCUAUCAUUAAGCUGAUUGGCCGAGUGGGGUUUGAGGACAUCCACCAAUGUCUAUUGGACAGUCUCAUUACUGCAGCUUGGAAACAUGACAGAAUAUGUGAAGAAAUAGUAGAACAAGAUGGAUGUGUUGGCCUUGUGAACAGCCUAGAACAGACGAACAGGCCAUGGUUACAAGAACAGGUUUUGACUGCUAUGGGGAAGUUCCUAGAUAUUAGCAUCAGGUUUAUGCCUUGUUUUGAGGAAGAGAGUGUGGUUAGGACUAUGUGUGAAAUGUUGGAUUCCACAGAUGAAUCUAAGGUACAAGCAGCUACAUGUCGUACCCUGAGAAAGAUGUGUCGACUAUCUGAGGCGGUGUUAAUGAUGACCUUUGACCACAAAAUUUGCUCUAGACUGAUUAGCUGUCUUGGAGAUGAAGACAGAACAGUUGACCCAGAUGUUACUAUGGCAGCCAUGGAACUCCUGGAUACACUCCUGGAAAAGAAGGAGAAGAAUGAAGAUUCUCUGACAAAGCCCAAGCUGGUGAAGUGUGUGGUUGGCGUCCUAAAGCACACGGAGGAGGAGAAAUGUAUCCAGUGUGGACUAAGAUAUUGUAACUUUUACGGGAAACUGAAUCGGAGAAACAAGGCUACACUUCUGCAACUAGAGCUUGUCCCGGUCUUAGACAGAUUUCUGAGCCUGCCUCACCUGCCCUCAGUCAUUCAUGAUUUGUGUUUGGACCAGAAGUCAAGCCUUGUCGUCAACGUCCAGUCCUCUCAGACCAUAAAGAACACACCUAUUCGAAAAUCCAAACUAGCUAGUGACAGUAACGGCAUCCUACCUCAAGUGUUGUGGUCUGAGAACAUUUUUACUGUAAGACUUACUGUGAAGGUGGUGGGUGUGAACCCAAAGUCUGAUCCGGUACAAAUCACUGAGAACUCGGUCUCCUUCAGGGCUUCAGUUGAAGGUCAGGUGUAUGAAGUGGAGUAUAUCCUGUUUGAUUCUAUCUUACCCGUCCGUAGUCAGGUGAAAGUCGGCUCCGGUGAAGUUACCAUCAUCUUACGCAAGAAUCAGAAGGGACGCUGGCCACGACUCAGCAAACUUAAAGCCAAGCCUGCCAAUCUGAUGUAUGAUUUUGACCGAUAUGAAGACAGCUCAUCUGCUGAGGACGAGGACUGUGAUGAAAGUUUAGCAGGUCCCACGAGGAAAAGUAAGAAACUACCAACAGGAAUCUCAGCAGGAAAGAAACAAGAGAUUAUGGAACGUCAUCUCCUAGAACACCAAGGCUCUACGCCAUCAAGUGAUGAAGAUUUAGGCACUCUUAGGAUCACUGAACCUGACCCUUAUGAUAUCUUUGAUGUUGGACAAUAGAGAUGUAUGACGGCCAGUGAUGGAGAAGAAUAUUUGUCAUGUAUUCAUAUAACAGACACAAUAUUUAUCGGGAUAGUCAGCCAGAAAUACAAAAUGUUUUGUGCCUUGUGUUUGAAGUUGAAGGACAAGUGAUAAACUCUUCAACUUCAAUAAUGUUGACUUCAGUGAAAUUUAGUAAAUAUAUUCUGAGCAGCAUAGUAUCAUGAUGAGAUGUGAAAAUGGUAAUUUUGGAGAUAUCGGACAGUAUUGGAGUCCCUUUAGGGGACCAGAGUGAAAUACGUUCGCGCAUUGCAUCUUCAUUGUAAAAACUUGCAUCAGAGGGAUUGCCUGCAUCUUUUCUUGAAUAUCAUGAUCAAGUGUGCUGGUCAUCCAGUCACAUUUUCUGUAUUGUUUUUGUUGUGAUCUCCCUAAUUUAGAGUAAUUAGGAGGAAUUUGAUUUUCAAGACAGAUACAGUCUUGACAGAAGUCACUGUAACAAUGUUUUUGACACAGUUGUGACUUAAAAAGAUUUUAAAAGUUAUUUUUAUGUUCUUUGACAUGUUUGAUAACAAGGCAGCUUUUUUGUAUCAUUUUGUUUGGUUUUUCAUUGAAGAGUUGUUAACUCAAACUUUUAGAUAGAGAUAAAAGGUUGUUAAAUCUCUUGACAGUAAUAUCUGGAUAAAAAGAGAACCUUGUCAUUUCAAAUAUAUUUCACUUAAUAAAAUUGCAACAAAAUUCUCCUUGAAGAACUAUUGGAUCUUCUCCAUUGAUAACAAAUCUUUCUUUUGAAGUAGCACUGGAUCCUCCAUCAAAGAACAUGUCCAUUAAUACUGGAGGAUAAACAGGAACCAGAGGAAAUAUAAUGACCCAGAAUUCUUAUUGAUCAACUCACAUUUCAUUGUGGUUCACACACAAAAACGUAUUGAUGGGAAUUUAUUUAAUCAAUUUGAAAGAAUUGGCUUUGAAUGAUCUUGAUUUAUGUAAGAAUGACCUCCCCCCGCCCACUCCCAGAAAAAGAAAAUGGUCUUUGAGGGAUCACAAGAACAAGUUGGUUGGUUGAUUGGUUUUGUCCUUUUAUAGAGUUUCUUCAGGAUAUGACAGUUCUACUAGAUGAUGGAACUAGUGGACUCACUUAUAGGAACCCAGUUCCAUUGUCUUUUUAUAUUGAUUUUCACAGUGAACUUGCGUUCCUCAUGCAUUCUGUCAGUUACUCUGCAUACCUUCCGAUAUCCAGACAAGAGUUCUAGCAACUAUGUCUCCAUCAAUGCAGACAUCAUGACUUUCACUCUAUACCUUCUUACCUGGUAAAUUGAUUUAAGAUUUAUAACGGCAAAUUUGUUGAUAUUUGCAGGAGAAAUGAAGCAGAACCAAUAGCUAGUCAGCCUAGAGUAAUCUGGCUUUCAUGACCUUGACCUAUUUUCAAAUGGGUCAUGACUUGAAAAAUAAUAGAGACCUAUAUGUUGUUAUUUAUUGCUAAAAUUCAUGAAGACAAGAUGAGAUAGGUUUCCUGUACUGUUAUAUACAAGCAUAAAGGAUUCAAAGGUUAGACUCUAUUCUAAGAUUUUCUUUUUAAAAUUCCUCCAUGAGUUUCUAGCUCCUGUUUAUGAUCUCCUGAACUUUAAGAGAGAUUUACUGAAGAGGUCAGAAGUCUUGGUUUUAAUUCUCUAGGAUUUAGAUCCUGUGGAGGUUUGUGUUUUGUUGAAUGUGUUGUGAUGUGUUCACUUUUUGAUGUACAUUAUGUAAGUUAUGGCAGCCCAAAUGUCCUAGCAGUACAAUAUAUAUACAACUUUCCAACUCGCGGCAUUCAUAGCUCAUGGCUGACACUGCAGAGCUAUAACAGGGCAAAACUAUUUAAAGGUUGUAGGAUUACAAUAUUGCAAUACCUCUGUGGUGGAUGCAUUCUUCACUCAUGUUUUCUUUGACCCCUUAAAAAUACAAUAUACUUUUAGCGCAAUUUAUUUGGAUGCCAAAUAUAGCAAAACUAUGGAAAAUUAACGCAUAAGUUUGGAUUCCAACACACGGUUGCUGUGACUGACUGCCAGGUCACUUGUGAUGAACCUUGUCCAUUUUUGUCAUAAUCAGGUGUCCACAGUAGAUAAAUAAAUCAUAUUGUGAUGUACAACUGAAAGGAUCUCCAACAAACAAAUUGUGUACUAUUCAACCAUGUUUUUAUCUGUGGUCUGUGAUUUGACAUUCCUUUGUUAUCUUUAUUUCUGCAGAAAUACAAUCAAAAAAGAAACUUGAGAGAAAAGAACAAAAAAGAUGAAACAUAUACAGAUGUAAUCAAAGUCAUAUUGUUUUUCAAUGUCUUCAUGACAAGUUACUUUACUAUUGUGAAACAAGUACUAUCAGCAUAUACUAAUUACUUAUUCUUAUUGUCCUGGAUGGAAGGUCACUUGGGGUCUUAUUGUGGGAAAAAACACAUGUAUGUUGACAAAAAAAUGUAUGUUGUUUAGCAAGAGAUUCCAAACCUUAUCACAUCUGAUUUCAGGGAAUUGAAUCAUAUUUGUCUUGGUGAUUGGCAGGUGUGUAACUUCCACAUCACCUGACCACUACCCUUGUAGAUGAAGGGAAGCAUUCCUUUAUCAUGUUCAUAAGAAGGGCAAGCAUAAUACCAGGAUGACAUACUCAUAAAAAAAAACAAUAUAUUCCUUUUCAGAGCUAACAAACAAUUAUCUGGUUUCUGUGUGUGACUUUCAAUAUAGUGGAGACCAUUAUCAUUGGUACUUUUUCAAUACCUCCACUCGGACCUCUUGUUACAAAAAUCUGACACUACACUAAAAGAGCUAAAAAAUUCAAACUGAUUUGGUUCAAAGUGAUUCUCAAUGGUCCAGAUGGAAAUUAGUAUCACAAUGUGGGAGUAAGUCAGAGCAGCUGGAGGAGUCCUUUUCGAUGUGGUGAAUGACCUAAAACUUUUGAUGUCUGAUGAAUCGCCUGUUACCACUAAGCUCCCUGACAACCCAUCUAGGAUAUCUUGUUGAGGUGGGGGCCAUCAAAUGUCAUCCAAGGCAAUUUGGGUAUAGUGCCUCAAAGUCACUACCUUUUCAGCACAAACAGGUCCAUGUCUCAGCUCCUUGGGAGACACAGACUGCCACAGACAGAAAACAUUUAACCAUGCACCUUGGAUCUUCUAUUGAGGUUACAUAGUUCAAUGCUCUAACUGACUGAGAUGUAGCAGCCCCCUUCUUUACUGAAUGUCUAGAUCUCUCACUUACAAUGGCAGGUGUGUUAAUUAGGUGAAGGAAUUCAUUACCUGAAAAUUAAGGUUAUAAGGUUAACAACAAGACAAAACUGUCAGGAUCAUUUCCCUUCAUUACUGUUCUUUAUAGUUUGAUAUUUUUGUAAGAAAUCUGAGGACUUUGUUUCUCUAUUGAACCAAAUGAUCAAAACAAGUAGAUUGUUUUAUUUCAAUUGAAUAUGAAAUACAGGAUGCAGAAAAAUAAUGAUUUCAACCAUAGUGCCUGUAGACGAUGAUGUAAGUGUGUUCAGUUAAGUAAGCAAUAUAAAUACAUGCAGUUGGUACUUCAGCUGAUAUUAUCUUUCCAUGUUUAUUUUUAUUUUAAAGAUGGGCUACAGUUCAAAAAAUAAUAAGGGCUUUUCAAUAAGAUCAAAUUCAAAUGUGUUAACAUAUUAGUGUUAUCAGGCUGAGAAUGCAUUAAAUCUUUAGUCAGAUCACACAAAAUAGUGUCGUUCAUAACAUAAUGAUGACAUAUGAAGCUUAAGACAGGUUUGUUGUUUGAAGAAAGUUACAUAUACUUUUUCUGUGUUUAUUGCCUUAUGAACAGCCAAGAUCAUUUUGAGAUAUUAUGUGAAACUGCUAACUUGAAUUUCUAGGGACUACAACGAUGGUUUAAGGGAAAGCAAGUUGUUAAAAUGAAUGAUCUUGACCCACUUUCUAUGUCACAUGGGUCAAAUAUGUUGAUAUCUUUAAACGAAUUCUUCUCAAUAAUCAAAAGGCCAAGAUUGCUGAUAUUGGGUUUGUAGUAUGCUGGGAUGAAAGGCUACCAAGUUUAUUAAACUGAAUGACCUUGAUCCACUUUCAAGGUCACAUGACUUUUCUAAAUAAUCAAAAAGGCACAGGAUGCUGAUAUUGAGCCAGUAGCGUGAUGAGAGGAAGUGCUACCAAGUUUGUUCAUACCAUUGCCUUUACCUACUUUGAAAGUCAUAGAUGUUAAAUAUGUCAUGGCCUUUGAUUGACUUCUCAAUAACCAAAAGACUAAAUGUGGUGAUAUUUGACCUGUAACAUGUUGGCAUGAAGGGCUACCAAUUUUUUUUUCAUAUUAUUGAUCUUGACCAUCUUCAAAGGUCACAGGUAUCAAAAACAUGUAUGUCAAAAUAUUUAAACAGCUUCUUCUCAAUAACCAAAAGACCCAGAGUGCUGAUAUUGGGCCUGUAGCAUGAUCUGAUGAAGGGCAACUAAGUUGUUUUAUAAAUAGUGACCUUGACCCACUUUCAAAGUCCAAGGGGCAAAGAUCAUUUAACAACUUCUUCUCAAUGAUCUAAGGGUUCAGAGUGCUGAUAUUGGGUCUGUUGUAUGCUGGCUUAAAAUGAUACCAAGUUUGUUCAUAUUGUUCAUAUUCAAGUGGGUCAAGGUCAAAUAAAUGUAAACCUUUUUCUAAGUAACCACAUGCCCAGUGUCAUGAUAUUGGGCUAGUAGGAUGCUGGGAUGAAGGGCAAUCAUGUUCAAAUUAAGGACUGUAACCUUGGCCUUUAUUCAAGUUUACAGAGGUCAAACAUGCUAAACCAUGACAGCAAAGAGUGCUAUCAAUUCUGUUAAAUUGAAAAUUAAGCCUUCAAACUUAGAAACAAGGAAAACUUUGUAAGUAUGCAAAUAUCAGUUCUGCACUGUCUGCCCCAAUGCUGGGACUGAUGGACAGGUUUUAUAACUGUCCAAAGACCUGAAGACCUCAGGUGACCGUUAAGGCCCAUUGGCCUCUUGUCUAACAAGUCAGAGUUAAUGUGAACUGGUCAUCAACCAAGUGACGGCUACAGGGUUAAUGUGACAAUUUUCAAAUACCUUUUGUAUACGUACAUGAGAGAGUAUGGGAUAUACUGGUUUUUACUAUCCGUCAGUCUUUAUUUAGCUGUUGCAUUUUCAAUAAACUUUAUUUUUAAAUUUAAAUAA